AUGAAGUCAUCAAUUAUUAUUCUGAUCGUUGCACUUGCGACAAUAAACGCUCUGCCAAUUUCUAUCCCAAGAAUUCCGACAUUCCCGGACUGGGAUUCCGAAACAACUGCUGACCCAGAUGACAUACCUUUCGGACUACCACAAAUACCAGGAGGUGUCUUGGAAGGAACAACAGGUUCAAUUGGAAAUAAUCAAAAUGAAUCAGAAGAUAGCGACGACAGCGAAGAAAAAAACAGCAAAGUGAAUCUCAACAUCUAUAUGAACGGAGGAAGUGGAAGUAGGGCAGCAGAGGCGUAAGUGAGAUACAUUCGUAAUUACUCCUAAUAAAAUCUUUCUAGAUCUUCUAACUCAGUCGUCGUCAAUUUCAAUUUUAAUGAAAACAAAGAAGAAAAGGAAGAAUCGGCUGAAAUAGUAGAGCCAGAAUUUACUAUCACUGGGUCACCUGUGAAUAAUGUACCCAGAAUAUCUCUACCCGGAAUACCUGCACUAGGAGGAUAUAAACAUUAUCCUUUGCAAUGA